AUACGUUUUUUUUUCUCGCCACGAAUGUGUGUUUCUGUAUGUGUGUGUGUGUGGGGGGGGGGGGAUUACAGCUGCACUGUCUCUUUAAGAAACCCGGAAGUGAUUCCCUCCCGUGUGUUCACUGGUCGCAGGUUCCAAACCCACGGACAGCUGAUCUCCCUCCCGCCGGCAAUGAUCUCCCACCCCGUCAUCUGGGCCUUUCGUAGCAGUGCGAGGUGCUGGCGACACCGGGCUGUUCUCAAAGUGUCUCUGCGGGCCUCGGUCGUCGGUGGUCGGCGCUGGUACUCGUCCCCGAAUCGCGUCGGUGUCACGGGCAUGGAGGAGAUUCUGGCGAGGGUCGUCGCACCGUUACCCACGUACGAGACGAGAGACAAGUCCCCACCUCCCCCCGAAUCGAACAGCCUGGACUUCAUGCACUUCUACAAAAGUCUCGAGAAGGAGGACAGACUCGGCUUCCUGACGAAGCUGUCGCAGGACUUCGGGGUGGACCACAGGAGCGCGUCGGAGCUGGCCGGGAAGCUGCUGGACACGCAGCUGCGGGACCUGGCGACCAUUUUGCAGGUCGAAGACAGGCUUCGGUACUGCCUGACUCCCCGCUACAAGCAGCUGCUCAAUCACAUAAGCAGGGUCGAGGGUGGCGUGAAGUUUCUGGUGGACCUGCGCGCCGACGUGCUGGAAAUAAUCUCGUCCAAAGCGAGCGAGAGCCCGCACAUCAAGCACCAAAACCUCAAGGACCUGAACGGGACGCUGAAGAGUUUGCUGUCCGAGUGGUUCUCGGUAGGUCUGCUCCGACUGGAGAGAAUCACCUGGCAGUCCCCCUGUGAGAUCCUGCAGAAGAUCAGCCAGUACGAGGCGGUGCACCCGGUGAGGAACUGGACUGACCUGAGGCGCAGAGUGGGGCCGUACCGCCGCUGUUAUGCCUUCACCCACGCCGCCAUGCCGGGAGAGCCCCUGGUCGUGUUGCACGUGGCCCUCACCGAGGACAUCUCCGAUAACAUUCAGAGCAUCGUCCGGGAGUUCGCCACCGUCGACACCGAGGAGGAUGUUAACAAGAUAAACGCGGCCAUCUUCUACUCCAUCUCCUCCACCCAAGCCGGCCUGCAGGGGGUCGAGCUGGGCAACUACCUCAUCAAGAGGGUGGUGCGGGAACUGCAGGGCGAGUUUCCUCACAUGGCCCAGUUCUCCAGCCUGUCGCCCAUCCCGGGCUUCUCCUCCUGGCUCCAGGGCCUCCUCAGCCAGAGCAGAAAGGAGGGCCGGGGCUCCGAGCUCCUCUCCGAGCAGGAGUGGAAGGAGGUGGAGCAGGCCACCGACUCCUCCCCGGGCACGCCGGCGGUCGACGCCCUCCGCAAGCUGGUCGGCACCAGCGAGUGGCUGCGCUCGGAGCGGCUGUGCCGCGUCCUGGAGCCCGUCCUGAUGCGCCUCUGCGCCUGGUACCUCUACGGGGAGAAGAGGCGCGGCUACGCCCUCAACCCGGUGGCCAACUUCCACCUGCAGAACGGCGCCACCAUGUGGCGGCUGAACUGGCGCGCCGACACCAGCCCCAGGGGCGCGGCGAACUCCUGCGGCAUCAUGGUGAACUAUCGCUACUUCCUGAGCGAGACGUCCAAAAACAGCUCCCUGUACCUGCAGAGCAAGGCCGUCGCGGCGUCCGAGCAGGUCCUGGGACUGGUGUCCCAAUUUCAGAAGAACAGCAAACUCUGAGAGGGACAGCGAAGACGCCCAUUAACAGAUACGCACUUGAUAUCGCAGGGUCAAUACUGACUGACACACUUUAUUUUGUUUAAUUUGCCUUUGAUGUUUAAUUUAAAGGAAAAAGAAACCAGCUCUGGGUGCUCCAUUAAAUGAUCAUCAGCCGAUAUUGUUUCUGAAUUUGCAAUCAGACCAUUAAUCACACGACAUGUCUCAUCCCAUCUUCUGUAUUUAGUGCAUAGGUUAGUUGUUUCUGCCUCAUUGAGUUUCUGGCAGAAGGUGAUGUGUAAGUGUUUCCCCGGGCUGAGCGACCGUGGCUAAUGGAGCACGAGGCAUCUAUCAAUGCUUUUCCAUGUUCCAGGAUAACCGUGUGUGAUGGUGACGCAGGGAGCGGCGAGCGAGCGAGCGCGGCUACCGGAAUAAACGAUGUUUAGAUUCUUUCUUCUGGCUGGCUCAAUGCAAAGAAUGAGACCUAUUGAAUUUUUUUUCUUUUUCUUGGGUUGGUUUUAUAUAUAUAUAUAUAUAUAUAUAUAUGCACACCUGCUGUUACAUUGCUUACAUCCAUGAAGGCUCAAUACACAGAGGCAUGAAAUCACAUAUUUAGAAAUAUUAUUUCAUAUUAAAUAACUAAAGAAAACUGGAUUUAAAUUUUAUUUUUUUCCUGUUGUGUAUCAUCAUUGCUCGUCUUUUACAGUUCUAGCUCGGAUUCCACUGGGUUGGCCCCUCCUGGUACCUCCUUUCAGGUACCUUCUCACACACACACACAAACACACACUAACUCACUCACUCACUCACUCACUCACUCACUCACUCACUCACUCACUCACUCACUCACUCACUCACUCACACACACACACACACACACACACACACACACACACACACACACACACACACACACCGCGACUCCGGAGAGCCAUUGCUGAUGUUCUAACUACUCUGUACAGGUGCCAAGCAGGGCUCAUAUCAGCCCACACCCCAUUGUUGUGAAAUAAUAUAUCACAGCAAGUUGACUGUGAAAUUACAUUUUAUCUCUCCGGGGAGCCAACCUUUCUUUUCUUUUUCCUUUUUUUUUUCAUACUCUCUCCCUCCCAUCCCCCUUGUCUCUGCCUGUGCUGCUCUGUGUCCUAGAAACUAAUGGACUGAGAAAUAAAGUUAAAGUACAAUGCUA